AUGUCGUUCUUUUGGGCACCAACGAUCAACACGCUUUACGAGGGAAUUACGGGUAGUCGAAAUGUGAGUUUUCCAAUGAGAAAAAAGGCGGCUUUUCAGAUGUCUUUUUCUGAUAAUAACAAAAGAAAACCAUCUUUCAAAUUUUGAAAAAAAAAAUUAUAAAUUUAUUUGAAUAUGUAAGACAGAAAAUGUUUGAAAUUAAACAGGAGAACAGAUGAAUUUCAGGCAAUUGAUGCGACGGAUCAGCUGAACCUGCGCUUGACGCCGGCCAUCAUGAUCAUGACGGCGACCGCUAUUUAUUGCAAACAACUUUUCGGAAGCCCGAUGCAGUGCUGGUUGCCUCGGGAGUUUGGCGGUAUCUGAUUUAAUCAUCUGACAUUAAUUGAAUUGAUAAACUCCCAGGUAGUUGGGAAGCUUAUGCUCAUGACUACUGCUUUAUUUCGGAUGUGUAUUACGUUCCUUUCGAGGAAAAUAUUUCGGAUGAACAUCGCCAGCGUAAAAUAUCGUACUAUCGUUGGAUCCCGAUUGUAUUGGUUUUGCAGGUAAUUCUGGUUUUUUUGUACCCAAAAUCAACAAGCGCAAACCGGUUUGAUUGAUCAGCGUGAAAAAUUAACGCCAAUUCUUCUUUAUUUCAUUUUUGUUUUGCAUACAUUUCUGAACAAUCUAUAACUAAAUAACAAAUUUAUUUUUAUUUUCUAUUUCUGAAAUUGUUCAGAGUCAUGAAAAUGGUAGGCACGCAAAACUAUCAAUCAGUAAUAUGUUAUUUUAGGCGCUCAUGUACACCAUCCCUGGAAGACUCUGGUAUUACCUUCAAAAUCAAACAGGUUAGUGAAAAAUGUGUUUCUUAAAUGAAAAACUAAAUUUCAGCUCUUAACCUUUACUCCUUCAUCGAUAUGGGUGAAGAAAUCUGGGACAGGAUUGGAAAGGAGCGCGAGAAGAAUCUCUACAACAUGUCUCAGAACAUCAUUUCGACCCUUCAAAAAUGCAAAGACAGCCGUAGAAUUGUAUGGAAACAUUCACUAAUUCUCGGACGGUAGAUAUUUACAGCUCCGCCGUACUUGGCGCUUUGCUGGAUCACAAGCCGCUGCAAUUUACAUCAUCAGCAAACUUCUGACCCUUUUCAAUCUUUUCGGACAGCUUGUUCUGACCUGCUACUUUUUGGGCGUUGAUAGCCCAUUCUGGGGAUGGAAGGUUCAGAAGAAAAGUAGAAAGGUUCCUUGCCUAUAUGUAAAUCUUCAGAUUCUUUUCUCCAAUAAAGUCUACGAAAAUACUAUCUUUCCUCUCAUGAUGACCUGCGACUUUGAAGUUUGUUCUUAUUCAAUGCUUCAAUUUUGUGUAGCGCAAAAAAAUUUCAGAUUCGCAAUUUGGGACAGAUCCAGAAAUAUUCAACUGAUUGCGUUACAAUGCUGAACGCCUUCAAUUCCAAGUUCUAUACUCUGCUCUACUUUUGGUAGCUUUUCUGCCAAAAUUAUUGAAAAAUCUUCUGUUUCAGGAACUUGUUAUUGAUUCUUUUAACAACGAUAACAACUUUGGAUUUCCUGAUGUCGUUCUUUUUCCGCCCAACGUUGCUUCUUCCCGGAAAAUUGAAUCAAAUCGUGAGUUUGAAAAUUUCAAUUUAGAUCCAAAAAGUUUGAAGUUCAAAAAGAUGAGUAAAAUGUGAAUUCAGGAGGGAAUGACCUCGGAACUGAAGCAGAAGUUUCUCAACCACUUCCUCUACUCUGACGGUCUCAUCUUGCUCUACGUGUUGCGGCACCGCAUCAACGGGAUUUUCGCCAACAACCUCAUGCAUAAAAUCGUCAUGGCCUUCAUCUAUGAGGAGUACGGUGCAUCAGCCCCGCCUGACGCAGUCGCCGUUUACAACUCUGACGACUGUUGCAAAACUGACCAGGAAGUGCUCACCGACGUCAGUGACAAGGUUCGUGCGAGGAUGGGACUUUCCGGAAGGAAGAUGUACACUCCGAUAUCAAUUUAUUCGAUAGUUCAAUAAAAAAAACUGGAAAAAGAGGAAAGCAUUUGAUGAAAAAUUGAUCCAAAAAACAGGAUUAUACCAUUAAAAUUUAGAAACCGAAUAAAUGAAAAUAGAGUCGAGCUCAAUCAUUCCCUUUGAUUCUCGCAACAAUAUUUUCGUAUUACGCGAAAAAAUGGGAUUAUUUACAGGACAGCGGUAAAAUGUCGAUGGACCGUUAUGCAGCCUACGUUGGAGAAGGGACUCUGAAAGCCGACGCUCUUGCCACCAAUUCUUCACCUUGA